UUGUUUUUGCAGAAGAGAGAGAUGAGAGGGUUUCAGCUUUCUCUGAAUCAAACUCAGAAGCUGAGGCUACAGAGAGCGCUGGAACAGCUUGAGUCUUUGUCUUCUAAAGCCAAUUCCAAUGCCUCCGUCGCCGUUGCCGACACCAUCCCCGUCAACUACGAAGACGGCGUUCUCAAGGGACACGGCACCUUAGAGCUCGAUGGUGAAGUGGUUGCGACACUGUGUGGAGUGGUUGAACGUGUGAAUAAGCUGGUCUAUAUCCGGACUUUGCGGGCAAGAUACAAGCCAGAGACUGGAGAUAUCAUAGUGGGACGUGUUACAGAGAUUGCUCCUAAGCGUUGGAGAUUGGAUAUAAAUUUUAGCCAAGAUGCAGUUUUGAUGCUUUCUUCCAUGAACUUGCCUGAUGGUAUCCAGAGGCGACGAACUGCAGUCGAUGAACUUAAUAUGCGCAGCAUUUUUGAAGAGAACGACAUUGUGUGUGCUGAAGUUCGCGGUUUCCAGCAUGAUGGCAGCUUACAUCUUCAAGCAAGGAGUCAGAAGUAUGGAAAGCUUGAGAGGGGUCAAGUUCUCACAAUCUCUCCUUACUUAGUGAAAAGACGAAAACAGCAUCUUCAUUAUCUGGAAGAGUUUGGAGUUGAUUUGAUACUCGGCUGUAAUGGAUUCAUCUGGGUUGGGGAACACGUUGAAGCCAAAGGUACACUGAUAGAGGAUCAAACAGACAAAGCUGAACAACUGAACACCAAGUCCAGUAGUAGUACCUUCAUGAGUCUUGAAGAACAAGAACGAACUUACACCUCCCUGGAAACAAGGCAGAACAUAUGCAGAAUUGCAAAUGCUGUUCGGGUCUUGGCUAAUUUAGGCUUCAGUGUUACUGUUGAAGUGAUCAAGGAGACGGUCAACCUGAGCAGCUCUCUGAAUCUUGAUAUACAUGAGAUGCUUGGAUCAGAGUUCUAUGUUCUAGUUGCAGAAGGUGAGGCUACACGGAAAAGCAUGUUUACCAAAAAGAAGGGAUGAUCCUGGUCUAUGGAUACCGAACUAGUGAUCAGAGGAGUUUUGUUUCUUCCUUUUUAUUUUUAUUUACAUAUUUAUGAAAAUUAGAAUGAUUUGAUAACAGAUCGGAAAGAAUCAUCAUGUACCUUUAAGUAAAACCGCCCUUAUUUAAGAGUUGUAACUGUUACAAAGAGAUGCAGAUUCAUUGUUUAAAAAGAUGGCUACUUCAUGGUGA